GGAUAAUAAGAAUGGAGUGGAAGAAAUGGCAGUUGGGGCAGUCAACCCACUUGACCAAAUGGAUUGUCACGCAGACUCAAACUUAAUGGAGCAAGGACCAGGCAAAUCCUUUAGUCCCCAGAUCUCCAAGAAAGCUAGCAGAACUCGGGAAGAAGAGAAUUCAGAAGAGGAGGAAGAGGAGGAGGAAGAAGAAGAAGAAGAGGAAGAAAAAGAAGAGAAUGACCUGGGAGAUCCAGCCGUGCUCAGUGCCAUCCAUGGUGCACAGAGAAGACACAAGGGCUCGCCAGGACUCAAGGCCUCCAAUGUGCUUGGGAUGUCUCCAGUCUCUUUGCACUUUCUUUGUCAGACCUUGGACUAUUUUUCUCCAGUCCCUUUUAAGCCUGCAUUUCCAAGUGCCAGUUCCCCAGCACGAUGCUUUGGACCUCAGCUGCCCUCACCAGACCCAUCUCUCUUCUACAGUCCACCAGCAUCAUGGCCUCCUAGGUUCAGUCACUUGACCCAGCUGCAUCCCCAGCACCAACGGAUCUUGCUACAGCAACAGGAGGCACAACGACGUGGUCAUAAACACCAGAGUCCCCGUGUUGGGAAACUGUGGUCCCAGAAGCCAGAUCCCUAUGCUGAUCUCAUGAAUCAAAGGGAGAAAGACUGGGUGAUCAAGGUACAAAUGGUUCAGCUGCAAAGUGAGAAUCCUCGGCUGGAUGACUACUACUACCAGGAAUAUUACCAAAAGCUAGAGAGAAAACAGGCAGAUGAGGAGCUGCUUGGUCGAAAGAGCAGGCUGGAAUCCCCUAAGUUGGUAACCCCUUACAUUCAGAAGGUAGAGACCUAUGAAUCAGUGGUUCGAAUUGAAGGUUCCCUAGGCCAGGUGGCAGUAUCUACCUGUUUUGGUCCCCGCAGAGCCAUUGAUGCGGUGCCCCAUGGCACACAGGAGCAGGACACAGCUAUAUAUAAUCAGAAGCUUCAAGUACUAUAUCGAAUUGAGAAGAUGUUUCUUCAGCUGUUGAAACUGGAGGAGAAUCAGAAGAGUAUGCUAGCAAAGCCCCAUUUCUAUGAGCUGCAGAGCAAACAGCUAGAGAAGAUCUACCAGACCUUGAGGACUGGUGAUCAGGACAAUUCAGAGGAGGCAGCAAAUGGAUUCCUACAAAUACUCUCAGUGAGGAAAGGAAAAGUCCUUGUAGCCCGGCUGUUACUCCUCCUGCCUCGGGAUCAGGCAGUCCACCUUGUCCUAUCCAUCACCAGUCACUUGCCCUUCCUAAUUCGAAGGGAUACAGCAGAUCAGGCCUUACAUAUGCUGUUCAAGCCCCUGGGGAAGUGCAUCAGUCUCUUGGCUUUUAAUGAGCUCCUCCAAGGACUUCAAGGACUGAUGGUGCUACAACCUGGAUCCCAAGAGCGGCCAAUCACUAUAGUCCUUCAGAAUCAGUUUGGGAUCUCCUUGCUCUAUUCCCUUCUAAGCCAUGGGGAACACCUGUUGUCCUUGAAUUGUUCCUUGGAGAAACACAGCAGAAGCGAUCUUGCAAUUUGGACAAAUAUAGUGGUUCUGAUUGCCUGGGAGAUAUCCCACAUGUCUGCAGCUUCUCUGGCAGAGCCACUCAUCGUACCCAGCAACCUCCUCUCCUUGUUCUGCCGUUAUGUGGACAAACAAAUAGUACAGCAAUUAGAAGCCAGAAUGGAGUAA